UGGCUAAAAGUGAAAGAGCUGCUUUUUUUCGGAGCUCAGCUCUCUGAAUCGCUCUGGAAAAUUGGUUCUUCUGAAUAGGUGAAGGAGGAAAAACGUUUAAUAGGAUACGAGGGAGGUUCUGCUCUUGCAAUCUGCUCCUUAAACAGGUGGAAAUUGGACCUUCUCAAUAAUACAAAUAGAUUAAAUCACACAUAUUCGAUCAAAUCCUGGCCUUUGGUGAGAGGAAGCGGACUCGAGGAGAGAAACAUAAACAAUAAUCUGUAAUAACUGUCAUGUAUACCACCCCCGUGGCUGCGUAUAAAUGGGCGGUGGGAGAAGGGACUGGACUGGUGAUGGCGUUUCCUUGUCACCCUGAUACAAGAGAAGACAGGGCGGCUAGACAACUGCUGCUCACACCAAGUUCGGUAAAAAUGGCGAGUUCUCUUCCUUUGGAAGCAGUGAUGUCCUGCCCAAGACACGAGACCAGGAAUGGAACCCCCGCCGCCCCGAAAGCGCUGGCCUUCUCCAUUGACAGAAUCAUGUCCAAGACUUCGGAACCAAAAAACGCAUUUGAGGACCGCCGUGGAGUGGAAAUUUCAGACAGCAAGAAGAUGCUUAGCUUAUGCUCACCUAUUCCUUGCAUGAUCCCGAUUCAACCUUUCAGCUACGACCUUCAAGCGAAAGCCUUGAUGAACUACUCCGAAUUUUGGAAAGCUAAUUUUAGGGGGACAAUAUGUACUUCUGCGGCGAUGUGCAAAGCCAAUUGUGGGGUGUGCACGAAAACGGACUCCGGGUUUAAGCAUUCGCUAUUGCCAGGAACGAGAGUGAUAAAGCCCCAAGUAAUUCAUCAAACAGUGGCGGUGCCGACAAACGGCUCGCUAUAUUAUUUCAACUAUUUGGACUCUGCAUAUCAUCCUGAUUUACUCAGUGGACAUUUAUUUUCUUCGAGCAUUGCGAAUUCUCAAGCGCACGCGUCCCUCAAUGCACAUCAGAGAUUACUUUUGCUCGAAAAUGCUAAACUUGCCAGUUCCACAGCCGAAAAGUUUCCUACACCGCAAUAUCCACACAAGGAACAUCUUCCCGGACAACUGGACCAGAUCGUAAAGGAAAAUCACAGCCUAACUUCGGAGAAAAAUGGCGUGAAAGCGCACAAUAAAUUAAGCAACACCGCAACAGAUGGAAAACCGAAGAACUUCACGUGUGAAGUGUGUGGAAAGGUGUUCAACGCGCAUUAUAACUUAACUCGUCACAUGCCGGUGCACACAGGCGCCAGACCGUUCGUGUGCAAAGUGUGUGGGAAAGGUUUCCGUCAAGCCAGCACGUUAUGCCGACACAAAAUCAUUCAUACACAGGAAAAGCCUCAUAAAUGUAAUCAGUGUGGAAAGGCCUUCAACAGGAGUUCGACACUAAACACUCACAUACGGAUUCAUGCUGGAUACAAACCGUUCGUCUGCGAAUUUUGUGGAAAAGGUUUCCACCAAAAAGGAAACUACAAGAACCACAAGCUUACGCACAGUGGCGAAAAGCAGUACAAAUGCUCAAUCUGCAACAAAGCCUUCCACCAGAUUUACAACCUGACCUUCCACAUGCACACGCACAAUGACAAAAAGCCGUUCACUUGUGGAACUUGCGGGAAAGGAUUCUGCCGGAACUUUGACUUGAAGAAACACAUAAGGAAACUGCACGACAGCAAUUCCUGCUUGUCUGCUUCGAACGACUCUUCCAGAGGACUCCAGAGCUGAGCAAUAUUUCUUUUUCCGUUGGAUUUGGACAAUCGCAAAUAUGCCUAGUGUUGCUGUAUAUAACUAACGAACAUUUAUUAUAUACAGAUAAUAAUUAGGCUACAACACUCCUACACUCCUAUGGAAUUAAGAUCAUCUAUUUUUCUUUCGAUCAAAAUAAGUGUUGAUGACAGUUUAAGGACUACAUUGUAAAUAAUAUGAUUAAUAAAAUGUUAUUUAAAUGUUUUCCAUGGACGCAUUUUUAUGUUUUGUAAUGUAGAACUUGUUCACAGCAACUAUUGUAAUACGUGAAUCGUAGACGUUUUAUAGGCUACGUGAAAGCGUAAGUUAUAUGUAAACAAAUGAAUGUUUAAGAGCAUGAGGUGUUGACAUUUAUGAAAACAUUUGAGAAAUAAUCUUUAACCCUUAAUAAAAAAAAAUGAAA